GCUCCUUGUAUUCAACGCUCAAACUUUUGUCUGAGUAAUAUAGCUAAGAAUUAACACAUAAGAUGGUCACUAUAAGUCUCUCUUGUUAUUUUCAAGUGGCUUAAUGUUGUUUGAAAUGUGGUUAUCUGAUUGCUGUUUACCUAUUCUGUGUUUACUUGCAUACAUAGAGAAUUGAAGACUAGGGAACUUUAAGAUGUCGACUAUAGGAAAUUCAACGAAUAUAUUUUGGCAAGAAUCACCAAUUGGGAAGAUCGAAAGGCAGAAGCUUCUUAAUCAAAAGGGAUGUGUUGUAUGGAUCACGGGUCUCAGUGGAUCAGGUAAAAGUACACUUGCAUGUUCGCUAAGUAGGGAACUGUAUGUACGAGGCAAGUUACCUUAUAUACUUGACGGGGACAACCUUCGGCACGGAUUAAACAAGGAUCUUGAAUUCAAGGCAGAAGAUCGAACAGAAAAUAUACGCAGGGUUGGUGAAGUGGCAAAGCUCUUUGCAGAUGCUGGCUUAAUCUGCAUUGCCAGCCUAAUAUCUCCGUAUAGGAAAGACCGUGAUGCAUGCCGUGCAAUGUUGCCAGAUUCUAAUUUUGUGCAGGUUUACAUGAACAUGCCUCUGGCAUUAUGUGAAAAGCGAGAUCCAAAAGGUCUUUACAAGCUUGCACGUGCGGGAAAGAUCAAAGGUUUUACCGGCAUAGACGAUCCUUACGACCUGCCGUUGAACUGUGAGAUAGAAAUAAAUCAGAAAGGUGGAGUUUGCCCCAUGCCAAGUGCCAUGGCAGGGGAAGUAGUUACUUACUUGGAGGACAAAGGAUAUCUACAAGAUUAGCAACUAAUUCUCCGUUGACAUGGUCGAGUGGUCUCGAAGGCUGUCGUAUUGAUGUUGAUUACAUAAUCUAGUAGUAGUUUGAAAUGAAAAUCCAUUUGUCCCAAGUAAUUGUUACUUUUGAGUGGGACAAGGGUUUUCGAGUUAGCAGGCACAUCAAGGUCAUUAACAACAACGUUAUUUUAUGGAAGUUCUGGAUUAAGGUCAUCGAAUUUAUUAUUUGUACUCGGGAUAUCUAUUAAUGAACUCCACUCGUGCUUUCGUCUUGAUGUUCUUAU